GGAGAGUUAGUACCUACAUCAUGAAAUUCGUGGUUUUGACCAUCGCCGCUCUGGCAGUAGCUGUUCAGGCAAAACCCUUCGGCCCUAUGAUGGGUAUGAUGGGCGGUAUGGGAGGUAUGGGGUCUGGUGGAUACAUGGGAGGUUCAAACUUCGGCUCAGGAGGUGGUGGCGGAUACAACAAUGGUGGCUACGGAAUGGGAGGCAGCCAAGGAGGCUUCAGUACUGGCCAUCAAGAUUCUAGUUUUAGCCAGAUCACCAAUGCUCACACAUCAUCAGGCCACGCGACUGGAGGCGGAUCCAACUUUGGUAUGGGCGGUGGUGGACAAUCAGGCUUUGGUCAAUAUGGCCAGGGUGGCAGCCAAUUCGGAGCUGGAGGAGGUGGCUUCAACAACGGCUUCUACGGUUGAAGAUGAAAAAGAUUUGUACCAAUGAAUUGUGAUGAUUAUGCGGUUUC